AUGGACAAAAUUAUGACAAAAAAUGCAGUCCUAUGGAGAUCUUUAUACUGUGAGGUGAAAUCUAAUGAUCAAAAGUACUACGAAAUUUUUGUGGGGCAAAUUCUGUCCAAGAAGAUAAUCCAAAUCAUGCAAGCAUUAAAAGAGAUGUUAUUUCCAAGAACAAAGAAAUUGCUAGGUAAUAAGUCCCAAACAGGUGUGUGA